GCGGUCCUGUUUUUUACUAUUAUUGUUGUUAUUAUUUUCCAAUCUAAGCCGCUGCCUGGCAGGGCUGCUUUUAUUUAACUGUGCGUGAGGAGAUUAAGAAAAAGAUCAAAUCAUGGGUAUGCACUGCAACAGUAUCCCCAAACUAAAACCUUGCUUCACAUUCCGGGUGUUAUGGAUGGUGCAAGCCUUCCUGGUGCUGGCCGGAUCCCAGGAGAUUUAUGCACCGCACUCAAUCCGGGUGGAAGGCGACGUGACGCUGGGGGGGCUCUUCCCCGUCCACGCAAGGGGGGUCCCGGGAAUGCCGUGCGGGGAUAUCAAAAAGGAGAACGGCAUCCACCGGCUGGAGGCGAUGAUGUAUGCCCUGGACCAGAUCAACAGCGACGAUGAGCUGCUGCCCAACAUCACCCUGGGCGCCCGGGUGCUGGACACCUGCUCCCGGGACACGUACGCGCUGGAGCAGUCGCUGACUUUCGUGCAGGCGCUCAUCCAGAAGGACACGUCGGACGUGAGGUGCACCAACGGGGAGCCGCCAGUGUUUGUCAAGCCUGAGAAAGUUGUCGGGGUCAUUGGAGCCUCGGCCAGCUCGGUGUCGAUUAUGGUGGCCAACAUACUGCGCCUCUUUCAGAUCCCCCAGAUUAGCUACGCGUCCACAGCCCCAGAGCUGAGUGACGACCGGCGGUAUGACUUCUUCUCUCGGGUCGUCCCGCCAGACAGUUUCCAGGCUCAGGCCAUGGUGGACAUCGUCAAGGCCAUGGGCUGGAACUACGUCUCUACCGUGGCCUCAGAGGGUAGCUACGGAGAGAAGGGGGUGGACGCCUUCAUGCAGCUCUCCAGAGAAGCAGGUGGAAUCUGUAUCGCCCAGUCACUGAAGAUCCCCCAUGACCACAAGCCCUCUGACUUUGACAAAAUCAUCCGUCUGCUCCUGGACACCCGCUAUGCCAGGGCGGUCAUCCUCUUCGCCUCUGAUGAGGAUAUCAGGGGUAUUUUGAACGCCACCAAGAGAGCGGACCAGGUCGGCCAUUUCCUUUGGAUUGGCUCGGACAGCUGGGGAGCCAAGAACAGCCCCAUCCACCAGCUGGAGGACGCCGCUGUGGGGGCCGUUACCAUACUGCCAAAGAGAGCCACCAUCAGUGGGUUUGAUGCAUACUUCACGUCAAGGACUCUGGAGAACAACAGACGAAAUGUGUGGUUCGCCGAGUACUGGGAGGAGAACUUCAACUGCAAGCUGAUGAGCUCCUCCAAGAAAGACGAAAGCAGCAGAAAGUGCACAGGUCAGGAGCGUAUUGGACUUGACUCCAAGUAUGAGCAGGAGGGCAAGGUCCAGUUUGUGAUUGAUGCGGUGUACGCCAUGGCACACGCCCUCCACAACAUGCAGAGGGACCUGUGUCCAGAAUACUCCGGGAUUUGCUCUGAGAUGGACCUGGCCGGAGGAAAGAAACUGCUCAAGUACAUCCGCAGUGUCAGCUUCAAUGGAAGUGCUGGUACUUCAGUGACGUUCAACCGUAACGGCGAUGCCCCCGGGCGCUAUGAUCUGUUUCAGUACCAGUGGAGCAAUGUGACCGGGCCAGGCUAUCGAGUCAUUGGACAAUGGAUGGAGAACCUGCAGCUAAACAUCGAGGACAUGCAGUGGCCUAGAGGAGAGCAGGAGAUUCCCAGCUCUGUGUGCAGCCUGCCCUGUAAAACCGGCGAGAGGAAAAAGGUGGUGAAAGGCAUGCCCUGUUGCUGGCACUGCGAGCCCUGCGACGGCUACCAGUACCAGUUUGAUGAGUUUACCUGCAAGCUCUGCGCCUACAACAUGAGACCCAACACCAACCGCACAGCUUGCCAGCCCAUACCCAUCAUAAAACUGGAAUGGCACUCGCCGUGGGCCGUGAUCCCCGUUUUCCUGGCCAUGCUCGGGAUCAUCGCUACAAUUUUCGUCAUGGCCACGUUCAUACGGUACAAUGACACGCCGAUUGUCAGAGCGUCCGGGAGGGAGCUGAGUUACGUCCUUCUCACAGGGAUCUUUCUGUGUUACAUCAUCACGUUCCUGAUGAUUGCCAAGCCGGAUGUUGGCGUGUGCUCUUUCAGAAGGAUUUUCCUUGGACUUGGGAUGUGUAUCAGCUACGCCGCUCUCCUCACCAAAACCAAUCGAAUCUAUCGCAUCUUUGAGCAGGGCAAGAAGUCGGUGACGGCGCCCAGGCUGAUCAGCCCCACCUCACAGCUGGCAAUCACCUCGAGCCUCAUCUCGGUCCAGCUCCUGGGGGUGUUUGUUUGGUUUGGGGUGGACCCGCCCAACACGAUCAUAGACUACGAUGAGCAGAAGACCAUCAACCCAAAUCUGGCCCGAGGGGUGUUGAAAUGUGACAUCACGGAUCUUCAGAUUAUCUGUUCGUUGGGUUAUAGUAUCUUGUUGAUGGUGACAUGUACUGUUUACGCUAUAAAGACCCGUGGGGUGCCAGAAAAUUUUAACGAGGCCAAGCCCAUUGGGUUCACCAUGUACACCACCUGCAUUGUAUGGCUGGCCUUCAUACCCAUCUUCUUUGGUACGGCACAAUCAGCAGAAAAGCUGUACAUCCAGACGACCACACUGACCAUCUCCAUGAACCUGAGUGCGUCAGUGGCCCUGGGGAUGCUCUACAUGCCCAAGGUCUACGUCAUCAUCUUUCACCCGGAGCUCAAUGUGCAAAAGAGGAAGCGUUCCUUCAAGGCUGUGGUCACGGCUGCCACCAUGUCCUCUCGUCUCUCCCACAAGGCCAGCGACAGGCCCAACGGAGAGGCCAAGACGGAGCUGUGUGAGAAUGUCGACCCCAACAGUCCAGCAGCAAAGAAGAAAUAUGUGAGCUACAACGACCUUGUGAUCUAAUGGCAUCCCUCCAUCAGAAAGAGAGACAGAAAGGAAAAAGGAAAAAGAGAGCAAAGCUGGAGAUAUCUGUUCUCCUGCCCUUCUGGCUACAAACAAAAAAAAGGGAACGAAGAAGAAGAAGAAGAAGAAGAAGAAGAAGAAGGGGAAGAGAAGGCUUUUUUUUGUCCCAUGUGCUUCACUGCCCACCACACACUCUCAGAUGCGGGUAGCAGCAGCAGCCUGCUAAAGCAAAGCCUUCUGGGACUUUCCUUUGAACAGAGCAUUCUGGCACACAAGUAUUCACUCAGUCAGAGUGAAGCGAAAAAG